AUACAUACACUCACCAGCCUCUUUGGGGGGGGGGGGGGGGGGGGGGGGGGGGGUCAUGGAUUUGGCUGUGGAAGUGUCCACACUCACAGCAGCCAUCAUAGCAGCUUUGGAGGUUACAGUGGUUGGAAGACCGAGGGUCUUUUUGCUGUAAAUGAAAAAGAAACAAUGCAACAUCUAAACGACCGUUUGGCUUCCUACUUGGAGAAGGUUCGGUCUCUGGAGCAGGAAAAUUCUCAACUAGAGAUGAAUAUUCGAGAGUGGUAUGACAGGAACCAGCCCAGCACUUUCCCAGAUUUCAGCUGCUUCUUUAGAACCAUUCAGGAGCUUCAAGGCCAGAUAUCUUCUGCUACUAUAGAAAAUGCAAGGAUUGUGCUGCAGAUAGACAAUGCCCGGCUGGCUUCAGAUGACUUCAAGAACAAGAAUGAAAUAGAGAUGAGGCUGAGGAGUAGUGUUGAAUCUGAUGUGAAUGGUCUUCGGCGGGUAUUGGAGGAGCUUAACCAGGAGAGAUGUGACUUGGAGAGUCAAGUCCAGAACCUGCAGGAAGAACUUAUGCAGAUGAAGAGGAACCAUGAGGAGGAAGUCAACUCUCUCCGUGCUCAGCUGGGUGCCAGGGUCAACGUGGAAGUGGAAGCAGCUCCAUCUCUAGAUCUGAACAGAGCUUUGUCUGAGAUCCGACAACAAUAUGAGAACCUGAUGGACAGGAACAUGAGAGAUACCGAGAGCAUGUUCCUUCAAAGGAGUGAAGAGUUGAAUCGUCAGAUGGAAUCUGGAUCUGAACAACUGCAGUCUGUCCAAACUGAAGUCAUUGAGCUUAGACGGAAUGUUCAGACUCUGGAAAUUGAGCUGCAAAGUCAACUAAGCAUGAAAUCCGCAUUGGAGGGAACUCUUGCUGAGACAGAAGCCAGUUUUGGUGCCCAGCUGUCCCAGUUACAAUGCUUGAUCAAUAAUAUAGAAGCUGAGCUGACACAGAUGCGUGGAGACUUAGAGAACGUCAGAACCAUGAGUACAAAACACUGA